CCAAAAUGGUGUUCCCUAACCGAUAUCUCCCUUGUGAUGGGCGGCACACCCGGAUUCCCUGCAAUUCCCUGCCAAGAUGUCGAAACCGAACAGUGGCAACCACUCAGCAUCGCCCGUCGCAACGCGGAACACCAAACACCAUUACGUUUUAUCUCUAGACCCCGAAUCUUUCUGGUGAUGGUGGAUUGGGGCCCGUCUGGAUUUCCUCCAGUACACAAGUGAACGUGUGUUGCUGAAGACAGAGAUGCAAAAGUUGCAUGGAGGCUGUGAGAGCUGAAUUGAGCAAUGCAGGUGCACCCCACGUUGCUUGGAAGGACUCGUCUUUUCGAUGUAGACGGGAGGUAAGGUACUUUAGCAUUUGACAUCACCCGGUACUUCGUUCUUUCCUAACAUUCAUGCUUUCAAUUCACAUCUAUGGUGAUGAGUCUGGUCGGAUUAGGAAAGGUACCCCAUUGAUAGCAGCCCUCCCGCAGUCGGUACAGGACGAUUCGACCCUUCCGAUUUCGCUUGCUGCGGUUCAGCUGGAGGUCACUGAUAAGAUAAGAGCUUCUCCAAGUCUCCGCUGUCUGUGUCUGCCGCCUCAUUAUUCGCAGCUUUGAAAGAUGCAACCACACGCCUCGAUCGUCAACAUGUCGAUUUCUCUUCCAUUGGACCUAUCCUAUCAUGCACCACUACAACGAAUGCUACGUUUUCAACCAAUCUAAAUCGAUUUGCCUCGUUACAGAAGCACUAUGGAGACGAUGACGAAGCAAAAGGAUUGGCUCUUGCCGUACAGAGGGCGACACUCAAGGUCUCCUCCCUUAUCACCAUGAUACCUAAUCGUACUUAGGUAUUCAGCUGUGCCUUGGUUCGAUUCUUCUAAAGCUGAACGGGCUGACGCUGGCCCUUCAUGUUGGGUAUCAAGGAUCAUUCCAGGCAGCCAAUCAACUAGGGUUCGUCAAGGCUGACUACCUACUUUCCCCUCAUUUCAACCCGCGGGUUCGAUUCCAACGUCCUGACAACCUCAACAACUGUCCCUGAACACCUCAGCUAUCCCAUCAACAGAUUCAACAAAAGGCCACUCUUCUCUUUGGAGAGUACGGCUCUUGCUGCUAGACGGGAGCAGCGCAACAGAAGCCGACGAUCGACCGCUGGCCAUCCCCGCAUAUCACUACAAAACUGAGCUUGAGACUGCGUACCAUGUCAACCAGAUUGUGCGCCGUGUGCAAUGGCAAUUUCACCGGGCUGCUUGUUAUCAACAGGCGCAUACCUCAUCAUCAGUCCGUUGCCGGUUUCAGGCGAUCCGCUGAGGAAGGAUGCUAUAUUUGCCGUUCUGUUUCCGUCAAGCUUCAAGACAUGGUCUCCGAUGGUGAGGAUAAGGAUGAGGAUGAGGAUGAGGAUGAUGAUCAUGAUUAUUACACCGAGUUCACGUGGUAUUUACCUAUGCCUACGGCUGAAAGACGUUCAGUCUAUGGUCCCUACACAGAGCAUGGGCAUCUCUCCAUCCGGUUCAUGAAGUCGCAUCUGAUCAUCUUGUUCAGGCUCAUAAGUACAGCAAGUCCGGAUGCGCCGAUCCGUUCUGUUGAUCCUGGUGCCAGUCUUACUGAUCAAGCAGUCAUGGAAACUGCAAGAUCCUGGCUUAAAAAAUGUCGCCAAAACCACGAAUUAUGUGGACCAGUUGAUCCUGCCUUUAACCCUACAAGGCUCAUCUACAUUCACGACGAGUCCUCGGUACAGCUCAUUGAAACCAAGAAAGAGGUAAAGAGUCAUGCUUAUGUCGCUUUCUCACACUGCUGGGGGAAAUCCGAGGCUCUCAAACUACUUCAAGACGACCUAGACAAAGGGACGAGAGGCAACAUCGAAGAACUACGUUCACUCAUUCAAGUUCAAAGUUUACCGACCAGUUAUCGGGAGGCAAUCUCUGUCAGCCUAGCACUUGGAUUUCGACACAUUUGGAUUGAUUCACUGUGCAUCAUACAGAAUAGCCGCGAUGAUUGGGCCAAAGAGUCCGCCAUGAUGCAGGACGUGUAUGCCAACAGUUCUCUCAAUCUUUGCGCUUCAGCUGCGGCAGAUUCUUCCAAGGCGAGCUUCCAGCGCAGAGAUCUAGGUGUAUAUGUGCCAUUGAAAAUUGAACCCCGAUGGACUGGUAUCCUCGAUGGCGAUCACAAGAAAGGCAAGCCUGGUCCACUUCCAUCAUACCUCCAUCGGAUCAAACCAAAACUUGUGAUUUAUGGCAUGCACGAGAUGGAGAUAAACAACUCACCUCUCAAUCUACGCGCUUGGGUUGUGCAGGAACGCAUUCUAUCAAGACGUCAUCUCUUCAUGACCAAUCACCAGCUCUGGUGGGAAUGCCGCGAUACCCUUGCUAGCGAAGCGUUUCCAGCAGGGAACCCCGAGAGUUUCAAUGAAGAACACGAAGAAGACAGGGUUCAAUACUAUGCGUUAAACCCUCCUGGACAGCACUCUCCCCAUCACGGAGCGGUACUGGAUGGUUCUCUGGUAGGCCAAACGGACCGUACUAGAGGCAGGCCUGCCCGGCAUCCACCGUAUAAACAACUGUCAGAGGAUAAAAUGACCUAUCUAUGGAACUGUCUCGUCAGGCAUUACUCCUGGUGUGAUUUGACCUAUCCUCAUGAUAAGUUACCCGCGUUGUCAGGGCUUGCACAGAUGUUCAGCGUCAUACGAGGCCCAGGCUUCUCUCUUGACGGCUUCUCUCUUGACGGAAACUCUUAUCUUGCCGGCAUUUGGCGACCUGAAUUACGAAGAGGAUUAUGUUGGAAAUCAUGCUCUAGGGGGCAAUUUCGCUCGCACCGGCCUGAUCCCUACCGUGCCCCUUCCUGGUCUUGGGCGUCGGUAGAGGGCCCAGUCACGGCGGCAGUCUCAUGGGCAAGACCUUUUUUCUGCGUAGUGGAUGCCAAGGUACUUCACGAGGACGAACGGUAUAAGGCUGGUACGGUAAAGGGCGGCAUUUUGCACCUGAGGUCCCGUCUACUUGGACCUCUCAGCAUCAGGGACGGAAAGUCAUCAUAUUCAGGCCUAACAAUAAGUCCCUCCCAACAGGUAGAUAGCUGUGUCAGGGAGGCCAUUGACGCUGCGGAAUGGGAAAUAUCUUGGGAUGAAGGUUAUGUGAAUCUCAAAAAGUAUUGCAUCAGCUACCUUGAUAAGCUUCCACAUACUGUGCAUCAGGACGGAAUCGUCAAGGGUACAGACGCAGUGCGGAAGAUGGUCUGGCUCGAGGAUCUGGCCGAAGAACCGCGCAUUCGGCUUUUUAUGGUCUUCAUUACUAGAUGUACAGACCGCUAUAGCCAUCGUGUCCGAUCUACUGGAAUUAACGAAUACGUUAACGGCUUAAUGCUUUGUCAAGUCGUCAACACCUCCGGACUCGAAGGCGUCGAUGAAGGUGUGGUUUUUCAGCGUGUAGGGUACUUUACAAAGCGGGGGACGAUUCACCGCGAGGUGCUAGAUCUCAUUCCGGAGAGAACUAUCGCCAUUAUAUAAGCACAGAUAGGCAGAAUUAGACAGGUUUCUUCAUAGGUCGAUGGAUAUCUUGUAGCAUCAAUUCAUCUGCCUCUUUUCC